UCCCAAACAGAGGGUAACUGAUCUGGGGGGGGGGUUAGCGUGCGAGUCGGCAAUUCUAGGAAUAUAUGUUACUGAUAAAGGAGGAUAAUUUGACAACAAACACUUAAUCUCAUGAAUGAUAACCUCCAAAUCUGAUGGGAUUGGAUUAAAUCAUCCUAAUCAGGUUGUGUAUAAACUCUAAUUCUCCAAGUGGUUAAGCCAGGAGGAUGUCUUCUAUUCUGAUAUCGCGUGCGCUCUCUUCUAAGCUGUCAAACCUGUCUCCUUCUUGUGUUUGUUCUCAUUUCAUCUCCCAAAAAACGCAAAACCCUGUCUUUAGAUUGUUUCGUCAUUACUCCAGUUCUCCUUUCUCUCAAGAGCAAAACCCCUUCAACCCUAAUGAGCAUUUUGUUAGAUCGUCCUUAAGUUUUACUAGCCCAACCAAAAAUCUAAUUCUCCAAGUGGUUAAGCCAGGAGGAUGUCUUCUAUUCUGAUAUCGCGUGCGUUCUCUUCUAAGCUGUCAAACCUGUCUCCUUCUUGUGUUUGUUCUCAUUUCAUCUCCCAAAAAACGCAAAACCCUGUCUUUAGAUUGUUUCGUCAUUACUCCAGUUCUCCUUUCUCUCAAGAGCAAAACCCUUUCAACCCUAAUGAGCAUUUUGUUAGAUCGUGCUUAAGUUUUACUAGCCCAACCAAAAAUCAUGAUUUUGCUCUGUCAGCAGUGGAAAAGUCGAGAUUUUUUUCAACAUUUACUAGAGAGAAAUCCCCAAUCCCUGGUUUGAAGAACAAGGAAAUGACUUUAACAAAACCCUUGAGUUCAAGUAUUGAUACCCAGUUAACUCAUCAAAAACCUAGAUGCUUUUCAAGCUCAGAUUCACCUUCUGAUCCUGAGAAAUCCCAUAAUGCAAACAAAAUACCCAAAUUCAAGCAUCAAGAAAGAGAGGAGCCUAUCGCGGGAAGAGACCCUAAUGAGAACAGAGAAGUUGGUGCAAUGCUAAUGAAGAAAUUGCAUGGUUUGAUGAAAAUUGGGGGUCUUCUGGGACUGGUUAGCAUUGGGCUUGCGGCUUCCAUUUAUUAUAUCACCAAAGGAACUAUACCAAUAAAAGAAGUGUUUGACAGUUGCGGGUUGAUUAUUACAGGCACUAUUUGGCUGAUGCAACUUUGCAAAUCAGCAGAGAAGCGUGGUACGCCCGACUUUUUUAUGGUGGUGCAUUGGCAGCUAAAGGCUCUGAUUUUGCUUCUACAGCUUACAUAUCUGCUGUGGGGUUUUCUUCUAGUUGUUAUACUUGGACGUCUUAUGGUGCUGCCAUUGGGAAUGGAUGCUUUAGAGUAACUUUCUGGGAAAUGAGGAGGAAGGAAAAGUUAAAAAAAUUCAAUCUUCAUGAUGGAUAAAUUUAUUAGGAUAGGAGAGAAAUCCACCUUUUUUAUUUUUAUUUUUUUUUAAUCUAAGCUCAUGCAUGUAUUCCCAAAGGACUUGACUUACAUGUGGUAUUUUUUUUAUAUGUUAUUAUCCUUUAAUAUUUUUUUAUUACGUGAUAUUUUUUUAUUAUAUAUUAAAUAUAAAUUAUUUAAUAGUUAUUCGUU